UUUAAAAGUGGCGCUGGGGAAGGGAUCCUUUUUAAGCAGCAGCCAUAGGAACAUGUGGCUGUGGGCUUUGCUCCCCGCUGGUCUGGCUGCUUUUGGCACUGUGGGCAUCUGGGCUGUAUUUGCCAUGGCUGUGUAUAACGGAACAGUCAACCUUACACAAGGAUUCCCUUCCAUCAGUCAUUGCGGCGCUUACCCCCCUCAGAGAUGCUUCCUCUCCCAGAUCUGCAGCACCUGCUCUGUUUUAGCCCUGUGGACCGUGGCCCUGCGUUUUAAGCAGGUCCGGGACCAAGGCGUCCACAGGAAUGCCAAUGUGGCUGGCCUCAUUUUGGGCUUGAUCUCGUCAUUGGGAAUCUCCAUCGUGGGCAGCUUCCAGGUAACCACUUUCUACAGUAUUCACCUUCUGGGAGCCUUCCUGGCUUUCUUCCUGGGCCUGGCCUACUUUUGGAUCCAGCUGUUUCUGACCCUGCCGUCUCCGGACCGAUGGUGGGUGGGGCCCGCCAGGGCCACCUGCUGCUUCCUCUGUACCGGCCUGAUCAUCGCUCUAGGGAUUCUCCAAUACACGGGCUUCCCCUCCGCGGCCGCUGCGUGCGAAUGGGCCUUCGCCAUGUUGAUCUUUUGCCUGUUUGGCUUGUUCGCAGCUGAGUUCAGACACAUCGACAGCUGCCAACUCACGGAGCAGAACCCAGUUGUGAUGGACGACCCGGUCGCAGCAGAGACGUAUGAUGAUGUCUCACAUGAACUCAGCUGAACGCUCACCAAUGCCUGAGGUUAAUGAACAUCCAUCUGACCCGUGUUUUCCUUUUUCCUGUGCAUUACUUUCACCAUGUUUACCUUACAUGUUCUGUAUAAUACAUUUAUACAUUUGCUAUUUUGAAAAAUUCAAUAAUUUUAGGUUUGAGUAAUAUUUUUGCUGUAUAAUUUUAUUCUUAUAACAAAAGUGGCAUUUUAAACUUUUUUGUCUACUAUGUCUCAAGCCUUUGCCAGACCUUAUGAGGAUUAAAGAACAUGUCUAUUUCUUUAAAAGGACUAUGACUAAUGACUAAAUGAUUAGUCGUUUGACUGAAGCUAAUAAACUGUAAUAAAUGUGCACUAACACACGGUGGCACCAUUCGACUAUCAUUCAAUCUGCACAGAUGUCUUUUCAAUAAUUUAAUGUAACAUAACGUAUCUACGGAUCACUCACUCAAACUCUAAUAAUUACUCCCAGACUAUUUCUUGCUCUAUAAUAAUCUCUUCUUGCAUAUACAGAAUACCAGGAAAAGUCCGGUCUUUUUCUCCCUCUCUCUCUCCACCUGGCAGCUGGAUGUUAUACAAUAGAAUAGAAACGGAGGAUGGAGUUGUGCAGGAAAGGUUUUGUUCGCAAGAGGCAAAAGAGUUUCCUUAUAACAUAAUGCACAAUGAGACACGUAACUCACUAUUUGAAACAUUUUGAGCUUUGCAAAAAGGACUAUAGUCAUAACUCGUGUCUUCCAUCAUGUGUAAACUGCUUAUUGAAGCGGCCCUUCACAGCAGCAGUAACUACACUGACCAGCGGGGGGCGCAGCAGUGCGGUCAUUAAUCCUGAUGGGAAAAUCGAGCUCUGGCACCGGGCCAGCAUGUUUUUGGAAGAUGCCUCUAGUUUAGACAGAGGUUGGACCUUCAGUGUAAUUUGUCAGGGCUGUUUGA